UGGAGCUGGCCCCAUCCCCAACGCAAUGCUUCUGUCCCGGGCGAGUUCGCUGGAGCCUCGGCGGUACGUACCGGGUCUUGGAGAAAGGUCUGGGCGGCCCGGAACAUCGUCAUGGGUUUUGGUUUCGGGUUCGGUUUCGCCGCCAGUGUCUCUCUGUGUUCAUCCUUUGGUGAGAGCGCCAUCUCAACUCCUUUCACCACAACCUCGUCCUCGGGCUUUUGCCUCCUGUACGCUCCCACGCUCCGCCAUUCGGCCGUCUCACCCUCGAUCCGAACCCAUCUCACUGACUUGCCCGAUUGCGUCUCUGCAAUAGACCAUCCGCCCCCUGUUCCAACUCGUCGAUCGCGACGCCAACUCUGACCGACGCAUCGACUGCCCGUCCUCCGUUCUCUCCGAGCCCGCCAUCAUAACCGCCCACCAUGUCUGAAGCCUACGAA